CGCCAUCGUAAUAAUCGACAUUUCUUUCGUUUCACCCAAGGUACCCUUUGCCGAAGAGCGGUCGGCUCGAACACCGCCGGCAGAAUGGUUGCCUCGUUGCGCUCCGACUUCGAAUCCGGCUCCGGCUCCGGCUCCGGCUCCGGCUCCACCCCCGGCCCCGGACCCAAAUCUAGCUCGAGCUCCAAGCGGGUACCGCCUUUCAAGGCGCAUUGGGUGACACCCACCCUCAUGGUUGGCAGUGUCUUGCUUGGCCUUCUGGCAGCUGUUGCACACCACCUGUUUUACGAUUCCAUCCAUGGAAAAAUCGUUACAAGCUCCGAUCAACAAGUGUGGAAUCUCCGAGUGGGCACUGGACUGGCGUUUCUGGUAAAGGCUGCUCUGACGGCAGCCGCCAGCAUGGCUUAUACGCAACUUCUCUGGCAUACCUUACGAUCCCAAGAAAUAUCUCUCAACGGCAUAGAUGCCGUCUUCAAUGUUGUCAACAACGUUUAUGGAUUCACGACUGUGGAAAUUUGGCUCCGUUGCCCAGCCUUGGUCUGUAUUGCUUUUAUGAUCUGGCUGUUGCCGUUCGUCGCCAUUGUAACGCCAUCGGCGCUCACCGUUCAGUCGUCUCCGAUACUAAAUGAAUCAACGGUCCUUAUGCCACUGCCAGUCAUCGAUUAUACAUCGCCCAAAAGGUUUGCCGAAUACUCAAGCUCUGGAGGAGGUGGUUAUGCAGCCCCAUCCAAUGUAAUGGCGAGAUUAAUGUCGGCCGUUACCUCCCAAGGAUCCAUUGCACAGAUUGCGGCACCUUACUCCAAUAGUUCCUACUCAGUCGAAUUCUACGGUCCUUCUCUCUCCUGCGGAUAUAUCCCAAGAGAUUCCGUCCUCUAUGAUCGAAUCCACGUGGCCGAAUUUAGCAUCGGACAAGCAGUCGCCUACCUCGGAUUUGUCCCUCAGAAGGUUUCGAGUACGUCGACCAAGGAUGAGGAAGCCAUUUACGGUCUGAACGUGACUUUGGGCGCUUCAACCUCGGCGGGUCCACUCGCCACGUAUGACAAGUCCUACUCCUCCAAGGACCACGCAAGAUUUUAUGCUAUCAUGCCAUUUUCCGGAGUAUAUGCUGAUUCGAUCAUUGAAUGCGGCCUUUACAACUCAUCAUAUGUUGUGGACUUUUCAUUCGAAAACGGCCAGCAGGACAUCACCGUCAGAAAUGAGACCAGGCUCAACGGUGUACCACGGACUACUGGGGGUAUUACGACCGGUUUCAGCGUUCAACAGGUUGUAUACACUGCUGUAAUUGAUGCUCUUGGCGGCCUCCUGGUUGGAACGCUGAGGUCUUCGCAGUAUGGGUCCGUGACAGCAACGCACACACGCAUCACUUCCACGAUUCUCAUGCAAACUCAAGAGAUGAAUCGAACGCUGUUAAUAACGAAGUCUAUUUUCGGCGACCAACCGGAAGAACGAACAUUGAAAAACAUGACUAUGAGCAAAGCUUUGGAACAAGUCGUCACCAAUACAACGCUAAGCUUUUUCAGCAAUGCAUACUUCCUCCAAAACUAUACGACGGCUUCAGUAGGAAAAGUUCAAGUACGAACACCACAAAACGAAUACACAUAUAAACCGCGCAAUCUUGCAAUUGCCUACGGGGUUAGCGUUGGACUCACCUUUUCCGUGGUCUUAAUUGGCUUCGUCUGCAUCUGGGUUUCAUCUUUGUCCUUUGGAUCAUCGUUUUCAACUAUCCUGCGCACGACUCGAAACCCGGAGUUGGACACUUUGUUGGAGAAUGACGAGAAUAGGGGUGCCGAGCCAUUACCCAAAGGCAUCGCGAAAUCGAAGUUGGGCUUUCAGCACCUCACAUGCGACGAAGGACUGAAAACGGGAGGCGUAUUUAUAGUUCCGGGUAAGGGACCAGCUACAGAACAGAGGAACCCACGGAGGGCUCCAAGUCAAGAGUCUAUAGAGCCUCCUUAUUUUUUCUAGACGGCUUUAAUACAAUAUAUCCAUUUUUUUAAAAAAAAA